AUGACGAAUCUAUUAGCUUUGUGUCUUGUCUUAACCACUUUAUUCACGGCGGAGGUAUGGUCUCCUAGCCCAUCCACGACCACUCAACAAACCGUGGUGACGUCUGAGGAAGACGUCAUCGUCAAAGACGGCCAUCGCGUUGUGGUUGUUGAGUACGACCGCGACGGUAAAACCAACACCAGAGUCUCCAUCUCGCCGCCAUCUGCAGAUCAAGAAGAACAAAAACAAGAACAUGGAAGCACUAUCUUUAGAAACGCUAAGGAGAAAGCGAAAGAAACGGCGUCGUAUUUUCCAAACGUAGGCCAAGGCAUCUCUCAACCGGCUGCGACUGAGGAGGAGGCGCGUGAUCAUCACCACGCGACGGCUGGGGAAGUCAUAUGCGACGCGUUUGGUAAGUGUAGGCAGAAGAUAGCGAAUGUUGUUGGUCGGGCUAAAGACAGAGCCUCUGACACCGGAGAGAAUAUGUAUGAUGCCGGAGACGCUGCGGCGGGUAAGGCUUAUGAUGUGAAGGAGACGGUAGCACGUGGGGCACGUGACGUGGAAGACACGGUUGCUGAUAAAGCGGGUUACGCUAAGGAGAGUGUGGCCCAUAAAGCUCAAGAUGUUAAAGAAAAAGUCACCCAAAAGGCUCAUAACGUGAAAGACACCAUGGCCCAUAAGGCCCAUGAGUCGAAGGAGAGGGUGAAAGACGAAGUGAGAGAGAAGGCUCAUGAACUGAAGGAGAAGGCUGCUCACAAGUCUCAUAACGCGUGGGAGAGAGCUAAGACGGCGGCGCGUGAGUUGGGGACAAUAACGGCGAAGGCGAUGAGUCCUACUAAGGUAGCGAGCGUGGUGGGGUUGACUGCGAUUGCGGCUGCGUUUGGGACUUCCGUGUGGGUCACGUUUGUGUCUAGCUACGUGUUGGCCUCAGUGUUGGGGAGGCAGCAGUUUGGGGUUGUGCAGAGUAAGCUGUAUCCUGUUUACUUCAAGGCGACAUCUGUCGGAAUCUUGGUUGGUUUGCUUGGCCACGUGCUUAGCAGGAGGAGGAAGAUACUUACUGAUGCCACGGAGAUGUGGCAAGGUGUGAACCUUUUGUUUGCCUUCUUUAUGAUUGAGGCUAAUAAGUCAUUUGUCGAGCCACGUGCCACCAAGGCGAUGUUUGAGAGGAUGAAGGCGGAGAAGGAAGAAGGAAGAGGAGGAGGAGAGAGGACGAGUGAGCAAGAAGUGAGGAUGAAACUGGAAAAGCUAAGCGAGAGGCUGAGCAAGCUCAACACGUACUCAUCUUGGUUGAAUAUAAUGAUGCUCAUGUCUCUAGCCUGGCACUUUGUUUAUCUCGGCCAGAGACUUGGUGCAGCUUGUUGA